AUGGGCGCCGAGGCUAUGCCUGCGGCGCCUGCCGCGCCUUCUUGCCACGACGACGGCGACGCGCGAGAGGGCAAGAAGAAAAAAGAGAAAUCUCGAGAUUCGGAGUAUCGAAGGACUCGACAAGAAGCGCGGCGCCUCGCGCGCGAGCAAGCUGAACGCAGCGAGGGCGCCGCGAGUGCGCCGCCAGCAGAAAUACAGGGGAAAAGGAGAAAAAAAGAGAAAAAUGCAGACACAACCGCAGGACGCGAGGCCGGCGCUGUGCCGGCAGAGGCGCGUCUGAGAGGCGAUGGGGAGAGGAAAAGUAAGCCUGAGGAAGACGGAGACAGCCGGGAGUACGGUGGCGCAGAAGGCCGCGCCGACGGUGAUGCUGAGGAGGCGAAAAAAGGAAAACGGAGAAGGAAGCGAAGAGCGCGCGGCAAGGGCAGCGCACAGGCGGAUGAGGCCGAAGAGGCGGGCGGCGAUACGCCUAAGGGUCUGCAGGCUGCGGAGGGAGAAACAGAAGCUGUGGAGCCCACCGACGAGGCCGCGGCGGGCGCUGAAGGCGGGAAACGCAAGAGAAAGAGGAAGCGAAAGCGCCGAGAUGGAUCCGGUAACGCAGACGAUGAGGUUGUCGAGAAAGACGAGGAGGACGAAGAGGAAAUCCCCGCAGCGAGCCCUGAAGUCCCCGCGCCGGCAGAGUCGCAGAGUCCUCCGCCGGACGCCGCUGUCUCGUCUCCCGCCUCUCCAGAAGAUUGUUCUUCUCAGCCGGCUUCGGCGGCGUCGCCUCCGACCGCGGAGGCCAUCCAAGAGCGCUCGCCGAAGCCCGAGUUCACCACGCGUUUCUGCGUCGUCAGCCAGCAGAGCGAAGGCGACGCGAGCGCCGAGAGCGACGCGCGCAUUCUCCACUCGCUUCACCCCUGCGUCGUUGAGACGCUGCGCCGCCGGAAGAUUGGCAGCCUCUUUCCGGUCCAGCGAACCGUCGUCAGCUUCUUGACGCGUUGCAUCGACAAACCCUACGACCCUCAAAACUGCGACCUUUGUGUAUCAGCCCCUACAGGAGAGGGAAAGACGUUCUGCUACGUCUUGCCGAUCGUCAGCUUUCUCCUGGGGACUGUGGUUCGCACGACGCGUUGCGUCGUUUUGACGCCGACGCGCGAGUUGGCCGCGCAGGUCGCGGAGGAGUUUUCGCGGUUUCGGCACUUCCACGCGUCUCCGUUUCUGCUUCUGCAAGACACGGAGAGCUCGCAUGGGCUGCGGAAGGCGCGUGCAGCCGAGGUGUUACCCUGCUCUGCGGCGAAGUGCAGCCAGGGCUCUUUCUUUUGUCGGGAUAUCUCUGUCGCCUGUCUCGUUGGCGAGCUGUCGGGUCACGCCACGACGCGCGGGGGCAGCGCCGCAUCGGCCGACGGCGCCGCGACGGCAAACCGAGACGUCUUCUUCUCGCUGCAAUCCGAAGCCUCGCCCCGCGGCUCGGCGCUCGCUCUGCCGACCUCGCCGGCAUCCGCGUCCGCGGCGGCCGCGGCAGCCGCAGCCUCUCCGCCAGACGUCGUCAUUUGCACGCCGGGAAAAUUCACAGAGUUGGUUCGGGCGGCGGUUCGCAGCAAGAACAGCGAGGCGCUCGGCCGCGGCGGGCUUAGCGACCCGAAAGAGGCCGCGUUCUUUGACGAGGCACGAGAUCUCUACGGCGACGAGCGCGUCUGCUUGGAUGACGUCCAGUGGCUCGUCAUUGACGAAGCAGAUCGUCUCGUCAGGCAGCCCUACCAUGACUGGAUGAAGGCAGUAGAGGCGUUGCAUCGUCUCCGCGUGGACGCCUGCUUCAUGCAGCGGCCUGCCGCCGCCUCGAGCCUCGCCGGCGCGUCGUGCGCAUCCACCUUUUCCGCGUCCUUGUGCGCUUCAGCCUCCCUCCCUCUGCAGAAAUUGACCUUUUCUGCCACGAUGACAAAGAAUCCGAAAUCGCUCGCGUCGCUGAACCUCACGCGGCCCUUCUUCGUCCUCUCGACCCCAAGCGGUCAUUAUUCUAUGCCGCUCUCUCUGGCACAGCGGUACGUGGUAUGCGACGCGAGCGACAAGCCGCUGUGCCUCGUGUUGCUUCUGCUGCACCUAGUGCGAAGCUUGAAGCAUGCGCCUGCACCGGGAGCCUCAGAUCUGCAGCCUGACACGCUUGAGCAGGGCAACGAUGACGCAGAGGAGGCGGCGGAGGCGGACGCGGCGGGGUCAGGCAACUCCGAUGACGACAGGGGCGACGCGAAUGAGGCGUCUGACGCGGACGAGUGCGACGACACCGGCGAGAGCCGCGAGGCACAACUGCCCGGUGGCGGCCGUCAGGAGGAGCCGGGAAAAAAGAAAAAGAGUUUGAAGGCUUUGGUCUUUUGCGGCACGCGUGACUCCACGCAUCGCCUCACGCGGCUUCUCCAGCUCUACUUUGAGCGCUCGGCAGACAGGCAAGCGCCAGCUUCAGAGUUACGCGGCAUGCUGCAGCUUCUUCCCUCCAUCUCGUUUGACUUUGGACUGCAGUUGCCCUCGCCUUGGCACCUGGUCUGGGCUUUCUCACACGUCUUGUUUCUUUUCUCUGUCGUGGUGGUAUGUUCGUGUUCUUCCGACAAGCGUAGCCGCGUUCUCUCGUGCCAGUUGGCGCCAUUGGCCUUGCCGCCUCUCGGCUUGUUCGCGUCUCGAUCGGCAUCAGCGUCGGUUCAAAAGGCCGUGGCGCAGGAGGGACCUCAGGAAGAUGAGGCGGCAGACGGAGAAGGCGAGGAGGCCGCGAAGGCAACGGCAGUCUCAGGCCAGGCACACGUACAGCUGCGAAUCCGCGAGCUCUCCAGCAGUUUGACACAACGCGCGCGAAUGAAACUGCUCAACCAGUUUAAGCAUGGCGCUGUCGAGAUUUUGGUGUGUAGUGACCUGGCGGCGCGCGGUCUCGACGUGGCGGGACUCGACGCGGUUUUCCAUUAUGACGCGCCGCAGCACGUCCAGGCCUACGUCCACCGCUCGGGGCGAUCGGCUAGGGCCGGCGCCCAGGGUCUUUGCGUGACGCUCGUCGCUCCGCCGCAGAUGCGGGCCUUCAGGGAGAUGAUCAAGAAGAAAAACGCGCACCUCUGGAAGAUUCUGCGAGAGAUUCACGUGGAUCUCUGUAGGCAAGACGAAGGCUUCCAGCAGGGAUAUGCCGCUUUGUUGAAGCAGUUAAGCGCAUGCCUCGCGCUCGAAGCAAAAGGCAGGCUCGACGCGCAGAGUCCACUCCCGCCUCCGCAGCUCCUGGCGCUUUAA